AUGGGCAACAAACAGGAAGAACUGGCACUGCUUCUGGCAGAAGAGGAAUUUGACCUUGUUGGGCUGAUGGAGACCUGGCGGGAAGAUGCAUAUGACUGGGCAGUGGAUAUUGAGGACCAUAGGCUCUAUAGUAAGGAUCGAGUUGGGAAGAAGGGACUCAUGGAACUGCUCUUCCACCUUCACAUUAAGAAAGCUUUCCUUAGUCUUUCUAUCCUGCUGAUUCUCUGUGCAGACAGCAUUCAAGCCCUUACAGCUAGGCUACCAACCUUGGUGUUUCAUGAGAAGACAUGGUCUCAGAAUUCUGUUCAGAUCAGUCAGUCUACAGAACUUACAAUAGAAGAAUGCUGUGAGAGAGGUAAUGAAUGGGCAACUAAAAAUAGAAGAUGCAGUUCACUCCCAUUUCUUUCUGAGUCCAGAGAAUGCAGCAUAGCCCAGGAGCAGUGCUGCCACAGCAAGCUGAAUGAGGAAUACUGCUUGGAGGGCAUUAGUGCUGCCAACCUGCAUGGGGAGUGUGAUCUAGAGGAGGAGAAGAAUUCCACUUGUGAAGCUGAAUCCUUUAAGAAAUGCUGUUUCUGUUGCUUGCUGGGACACAGUGCCCAACUUGAAGGAAAGAGCUGUGACUCGAACCUAAAGAUAGGACAACAGUGUAGGAAUAUUUUCAGCGACUGCUGUGCUAAAGGUCAAGGAAGCACUGACAUGUCUGUUAGUGAUGAUGUUCCGAAGAAGAACCAAGUUGACAUUUCAAAAGAGGAAGUAGACCAAGAAGAUCCUUACCUUCAUGAUGGCUGCAGAGGUGCUGGUCCCUGUUCCCAGCAGUGUAGGGACACGGGAGCCAGUUUUAUUUGCUCCUGCUUUGUUGGAUACCAGCUUCAGUCUGAUGGCGUCACUUGUGACGAUGUUAAUGAGUGUAUCACUGGGGCACACAACUGUGGGAUUGGACAAACUUGCAUCAAUACCCUGGGAUCCUUUCGCUGUCAGCGUGACACGAGCUGUGGAACUGGUUACGAAUUGACUGAUGAAAGUCUCUGCAAAGAUAUUGACGAAUGUGAGACUGGUACUCAUAACUGCCCCCCCGAUUUUAUCUGUCAGAAUACUCCAGGAUCUUUCCGUUGCCGCCCCAAGCUACAGUGCAUGAAUGGGUUUAUACAAGAUGCACUAGGCAACUGUAUCGAUAUUAAUGAGUGCCUCAGCACCAACAUGCCAUGUCCAGUUGGGCAGAUAUGCAUUAACACUGAUGGCUCAUAUACCUGCCAAAGGAUCACACCAAACUGUGGGCGUGGUUAUCACCUCAAUGAGGAUGGAAUGAGAUGUGUAGAUAUAGAUGAGUGCUCAUCAUCCAGCCAGCCAUGUGGAGAAGGACAUGUUUGUAUAAAUGCCCCUGGCAGUUACCGCUGUGACUGCAAAUCAGGCUACUCAUUUGAUGCCAUCAGUAGAACUUGUGUUGACAUCAAUGAGUGCAGGCGCUACCCUGGACGUCUUUGUGCUCACAAAUGUGAGAACACUCCUGGAUCCUAUUACUGCACCUGUACCAUGGGCUUCAAACUUUCUAUUGACAGCAGGUCAUGUGAAGACUUAAAUGAAUGUGAGAGCAACCCCUGUAGUCAAGAGUGUGCCAACGUGUAUGGUUCCUAUCAGUGUUAUUGCCGUCGGGGCUAUCAGCUUAGUGAUAUAGAUGGAAUCACCUGUGAAGAUAUUGAUGAAUGCGCUUUACCUACUGGAGGGCACAUUUGUUCUUAUCGAUGUGUUAAUGUUCCUGUCAGCUUUCAGUGCCCCUGCCCCUCUACCGGGUACAGAUUGGCACCUAAUGCACGAAACUGCCAAGAUAUCGAUGAAUGUGCUGCAGAAACACACAAUUGCUCAUUCAAUGAGACCUGCUUUAACAUCCAGGGUGGUUUUCAUUGUCUCUCUUUGCAGUGUCCAGAAAACUAUCGCAAAUCGGGAGAUACAUACAGACUUGAAAAGACUGAUACUAUUCGCUGUAUCAAGUCUUGCCGACCAAAUGAUGUCAACUGUGUUCUGGAUCCAGUCCACACAAUUUCUCACACUGUCAUUUCACUACCCACGUUCAGAGAAUUCACAAGACCUGAAGAGAUUAUUUUUCUCCGUGCCAUUACACCUGCAUAUCCAGCCAACCAGGCAGAUAUCAUAUUUGACAUAACAGAAGGAAAUCUGAGGGACUCUUUUGACAUCAUCAAACGCUAUAUGGAUGGUAUGACAGUGGGUGUUGUUCGUCAGGUGAAGCCCAUUGUUGGACCUUUCCAUGCUAUCCUGAAACUGGAGAUGAACUACGUCAUGGGUGGGGUUGUCUCUCAUCGUAAUAUUGUCAAUGUGCACAUCUUUGUCUCUGAAUACUGGUUCUGAGAGAGCUUUUCCAAUCCCAAACAAGCAGACUGCUCCAUAGGAAAACAUUACCACAAGUUAUUAUGUUAUAUGCCUGUUUGUAAAAUGUACUAGUGUUUGUUUUAAUAUUGGUUUAUAGGUUAAUUAAGACAAAUACAAAGCUAUGUUGACUAGAAGUAGGAUGGAGCAAAUUAAAUGAGCCUGAUUUAGUUGUGUAUAAAUAAGUAGUGUGUAAAAGUGCUCAACUGCCUAACAAUUUUAAAAAUGGUCCAAAUGUUUGGGCAAAUUAUAGCUUUUGCUCCUCUACCAGAUAACCCGGGCUAUAUAAUGUGUGAGGGAAAUGGACUCUUCAGGGGCUGAUAUGAUGAAUACAAAGUUCCUUUGAAGGAAAAAAAGAGUGAAAAGUGAUUAAGGAUUUUGCCUCAAUUUGAGAUAUCUUAAAGGGAACGUGAAACAUCCAUACUCCAGCUCCUUUUGUGUAACUCUAGCUGGGUACCCAAAAUCACUCGCCACUUUUGAAAAUCUUGACUUCAAGAUUUGAAAAAAGCUGUUUUACUGCAGUUACAAUAGGAAAUGAAAAAAGAAUAAAAGUAGCAAGUGGAAAACAAGAGCCAGUGCAGCUAUCAGAUAAUAUACUUAAAUUUUUCAGAUUAUCAAAUAAAAUAGACUAUAAAAUGAAGUAUGUUGGAUUCAACUUAACCAAAUACCUCCAGCAAAAAUUAACCUGCUACACAGAUACAGCAUAUUGUCUGCAUGUCAGACUUAAAUAUAUGCAACAAUACAUUACAUUCCUUGAUAGAUACCUCUAGGCUGUUAGAAGGUCAAGCACAGUACAAUAUUUUACUUGAUGAAGAAACUAGCUUAUUAGGCUGUAAACUUUUUGUGCGUCAGACCAAAGCAUAUCCAAUAAUACAAUGAAACUCUCUUGAGUAAAGGAAGGUUGAAUUUCCUCGGCAUCAAAGUAGUGUCUUUUUUAAUUACAAAAGUGAAAAUAAAUAGCUCCAUGUUUCAGUU